UCCACCGUGGGAUGAGACGUGGACGCCGCUGUCCAGCUGUGGAGCUGAGAUCCGAGCGCGAGUGGAAGAGUCGCAGGCGGGCAACUUUCCCACUGGAGUGUGUGAUGGUCCAACUACUGCGGGCUCUUUCCUCCGUCCGUGCGCAACUUUGAAGAAACGAUGUGCAACUUAAUGGUCCACUCGCUGCUCACCCUGACGGCGGCUUUGAUAACAGGUUCUUUCAGUCAGCGCACUGUUGAAGAUGUGGCCGUCUCCUCCACACCGUCUCCUGUUUAUCCCACAAUCAACUUUGAGGUUCUCAAUGCAGGCCAUGUGUUUUUAAGACAGGGGACUUCGGACCCACCAGCAAAUUCCAGCCAAAAAACUCAGACUUUUGUCAUAACUGAUCCAGGAGCUGGGCUUUUCAGGCCAACCAUCAACGCCUCAUAUGGCCCCCUCACCGUGGACGCACCUGUUCCUCAAGAUCUUCUCCUAAGUGGCCGCAAAAUCUUGCCUUUUAUUUUGGGCCGCCAGGUCCGUUCUUCUCUCCCGAUUGUCAGGGUACUUUUCCACAUGCCCUCCGAAAACAACGUCACAGCAAGUACCAGGAAGAUGUCCGGAGAUGAAGGAAGGAGGAAAGAUGGAGCAAAAGCAAAGGACGGCGCUCACUGUGUUACAGCCUAUGCCUUCUGGGAUACAAAGGAAGUUCGUGGAUCAUGCCUUGUGUCUCCUGGAGGUUUCUGCGUGGCGCAGCUGAAGCCAGAACCAGCCUGGUUUAGCUCAGCCCCUCGCUCUGGCAGCACCAGCAAGGAGUCUGGGAAAUCAGGAGUGAAAGGAUCUGAGGGGAACGUUGUGGAGGUCUACUUCCAGAGCAGGCGUGAUCAGACGGCUCAGUGUUUACCGCAAGACAGCCUCCAGCGAGUCGGAGUGGGACGUGGAGGAGGUCGGGAGGGAUCAGGGACCCCCAUGAGGCGUGUCGGAAGUGUCACUCUUUUCAGAACACAACCAGGGAACCCAACCUUCUUCCGCCUGAGGCUUGGUGGAGCAGUGGUCAUCCAGACCUCAUCAAAACCCCUUAAAACCACUGAUGUGGCGACUUUCUAUGUCUUCUUGGCGAGUACGUCCACUGUGGAGAAUUUCACUCUCAGGGUGAUGGCAAAGACGGGACUGUCGUUCAGCGCUGUGCGUCCCAGCGACUCAGCGCUGUGGGACAUAGCUGUAGACCCCACCAAAGCAACCACCCCUAACACUGUGUCUGUUGUCUGCCAGAGGAAAGUUACGGUCACUGCAAAGAGGGGUCUUCUGGAGAUCUUACAGCUGGACUUUGUGCCGAAAGAUGCUUCAGAGCAGGUGGAGAGCCAGACUAUCUUGUGGCGCCUGGAACUGCCGGGGAACAUUAAGGAUGUGGGCACAAUCAGAAUCUACACAGCCCAGCGAGACUACGUGGGACUGGCACCUCUGGUCAUGAACCAAGACGUCUUGAACACGGCAGUGCUGACUGGCAAAAUGGUUUCCAUCCCGGUGAAAACUGUGGCGGUGGAGGCGGACGGGUCCAUCACUGAUGUAACCAAAAACGUCAGCUGCAGAUCCACCGAUGAGGACGUACUUAAAGUGUCUGAGAAGUGCGAUUACGUGUUUGUAAAUGGAAAAGAGACCAGCGGGAAAAGCGGGGUUCUGCUCAACUAUACUUAUGGUUUCCUGAGUGCUCAGCUGGAGAUGAGAGUUUGGAUGCCUAGACUGCCCCUGCGCAUUGAAGUUUCUGACCCAGAGCUCAACCAGAUAAAAGGCUGGAGGGUGCCAAUUACUUCAGGCAACAGGAGAUCAACAUGGGACAGUGAUGAAGAGGAGGAGAUGAGGAAGGGCCGUGGUUGUAUGCUGCAGUACCAGCACACGACCAUCAGGGUGAUGACUCCAUUCACUGCCCAGACUGACUCUCAGGCAAUGGCCGACCUGUUGACCAGAGAGAAGUCGGUUAGCUACUUCAUGGGACCUGAAUGGCAGGUGGAUGUAACCAAUCUUGUGCGCUAUUUCCUGAAAGUGGGAGACCCAGAAAUAGUGAGGCUGCAGGAUGGAGUGGUGGUGCAUGGGCGGGGAGUGGGUUCUACCACAGUCCAGGUUUUGUCUCCUCUGACGUCUCUGGUUUUGGCUGAGAGAAGCAUCAGGGUGGUGGAUGAUAAAGUGAGCGUGACCGAGCUCGGAGUGCAGUUGGUAUCUGGGCUCUCGCUGUCCUUGCAACGCAGCCCAGGGAGCAACAGGGCGAUUGUUGCCAUGGCUACCGCUCGGGAGGUGAUCACACAGCUCAAACAGGAAGCUGUGGUGAGCUGCUGGGUUCAAUUCAGCGAUGGUGCGGUGACUCCCCUUGACCUGUUUGACCGCAAUGUCUACUCUUUGACAGUCUCCACUCCUGAUGAGUCAGUGGCAGUGGUGCGCCGAACACCCCAGUCCACGUUUGUCGUGGCGCAGGGUGAAGGCCAGGGUCACAGUGCUGUUGUGAAAGUGGAGCUACGGAUCUGCGAAGAAUGCCAAAAGUCCAAGAGGAAGAGCAAGUUGGUAGUUGGCUCCGGACUUCUCAAGAUUAGCUUCCAAAAUAGUAAAGGAAGUGUAGUUAGCCGCGAGGGGUUCAAAGAUAACGCUGGAGGGGCAGCUGAAGCUUUGGGAGAGGUAAAAACCACAGUCACCACAAGGGAAAUAUUUAGUGACGUAGGUAAAUGGUUGCUUCGAAGGACGGUAAAUAGCCAGUCGGCCAUGAUGGAAGCAACCACCUCGCGACCAUUUUCCUCCACAACCCUGCGGGCACAAGUCGCAGUGGCAACCAAAAUGCCUAAAGGGAACUCAUUAAAACCUCCCUCACCGACUUUGUCAACUGUGGGCCAAAAGAUCUUUCGUGCCACACCAGGCUCUGCCAGUCAGCCUGUUACAUCUGGUGGAACAAAUAAAGAUGAGGAGCAGCGGAAAGGCUUUGGAACCAUGCUUGAUAUUUCAGAGACAUCCACCAAAAAGAUCAUGGUUACUCCCAAGAAAGAUAGCCCAAAGUUUAAAACACCCCGACUCAUAGAAAGUGACCUUAUCCAGACAUUUAAAGCCAUGUCUGACUUGGAAAUUGGCAUGUAUGCGUUGCUCGGGGUGUCUUGCAUAGCCAUCCUGGGAUUUUUGCUCAACUGUGCUUCGUAUAAGCUUUGUUUCAGGAAACACAAGACCCCUAUUAAGUAUGGACAAGCGCCCACUGGUGAGCAAAAGACUCACAAGCAUGACUGGGUUUGGCUUGGACACAAUAAUAAUGUCGACCCCGCACCAGGCGUACCAAAUCAAGUGUCUACACUGAAGCGAAAGGCCGACAGGACUCCUCUGGAGCCACGUCAUUCUAUAGACUCGGCGGGGCAAGGCAGCGUAAAUACCCCCCUUCCAACUGUUAGUCUACCAAUCAUGCCGGAAAGAACUGCGACACUGGGCCGCAGCAGAGCAAGUGCCAGUCAACAAGGGAAAAGGAAACCAAUUGAUCCAAUGGCGAACCGCUCGGCCACAUUGCUGGCCCGGCCUCAUCGCAAUGAGCCACUUCAUUCGCCGACCAGCAAGCGAAAUCAAGUCCAGUUCACCACGUUUACCACUCUUGACAUCAAGCAUCUCGCAGCGCUGAAGAGAAAUGGAGUCGACCUCAACUGGUCUAAUGAACAGGCACAGAAUCAGUUGCCCCCCGCUGAACCGCAGAUGCCAUUACCGGACAUGCCCUGGCCUGUGGUCAAACCUCUCGGAGAGCCUCAGUGAGUCCAUUAGAUUAGGUGGAAUAUCGAUAAGGAAAAAAAAAAAGUUUCUUUUCUGAAGAGACAUGACAAUUUUUGAGGGGAACUGAUUCCGUUGAGAAUGCAGGAGCACGAAAAAGAAAAUAAUUUUGGAGUCAAACCCAGUUACACACAGUACUGUUGACCUCCUGCUCACCCAAUUUACAGUACGUAUCGAGUCAAACUGAAAACAGUAAUCCCAACUCAAGCUUGCACUCAUUUGAGAUACAAUGUGUGAGGACACACGUUGCAUAAGAUGAUAUUUAUCUACUUUAUUUUUUGAUGCAGAUUUUUCUUAGGGACUGAUUGAAGACUAAAGCCUGGCUCCAAGAGUGUCAGAACAGGAAUUGUAAUUAAUUUCAAAUGUAAAAAGGGAACUCCUGGGAUGUAGAUACUGAGACUAUAUUAUUUGUACAGUAAUAAUGUAUCUUUAAGAAAACAUAUGACUUUUUUUUUACAAGUUAUUGUUUUGUAUUUAAAAUAAAUGUCCUAAAUGGACCAUUCUGUUUAUAUCUGCCAACUAUAUUCUUUAUAAUGUCUGUUCUCCUUGUUGAAAUACACCGGUAGAUGUCUAGAUAAAUGCAGCAUGGUUGUAUGGUUAUUUCUUCCAAAUAAAAUUUCCAGCCUUUUUUUUCUCUUUACUCUUCAUAUCUCAGGAGAGUUAGUGUGCUAUUUGUCAAAGACUUUUCUUUUUCAACCUAUCUGUCACGGCUGUUUUCACAAAAUAUGUAAAUGGAAAGCACUAUGCAAAUAAAGCUACAGAGUCUGAGGUGGUAUUGUUACUGAUUCUUUUAAUAAAAGUACCUUGGGCAACAUGCUCCUCCCAGGUGCCUCGUUCUACAAUUUGUCAAAAUGUCUAAUUGUGGUCUCUGUAGAGGAAAUUAACAUAUUCAAGUGUAAAAAUGAUAAUGCUGCUGCCUUUUCUGUGUAAUUUCCUGUUUUCUUGAACCAAAAAGUUUUGUGGAUUCCCAAUGCAAUUGUACAAAUAAAGAACCGAUCUAGAUA